AAUUUAUGAUGAUUUAGGCUCUUUUUAGGGAAAAAUGACCUCAUGAAAUUGGUUGUGGCGCCACCCCUUGCAAGGAAUCUCCGGAGUAUCCUCUGCUGCUGCCGUUUCUUUUAUAUUUUUAUAAAAGCAUCGCAAUUGCAAUACCUUGUUUCUACGGCAACGAAAAAGGAAUCCAAAAACGUAUCAGUUCAAGAAACAUGGGAAAGAAGAGACAGAAGAAAGCAGAACAACAACAAAACCCUAAUGUGGCUGAAGCUACUCGUAUUCGAAUUUCCCAAAUACUUGAUCAUUUCCGGGCUACUAAAGAGCAAGUUUAUACAUUUGAAGCUAACUUGUCCAAUCGUGAACGUGCUUUGGUGCAUCAAGUAUGCAGGAAAAUGGGUAUGAAAUCCAAGAGUUAUGGGCGUGGGGAUCAACGACGCGUAUCUGUUUACAAGACUACUAGGAAGUUUGACCCCGCGAAUGCAAAGGAAAGUCUCACGUAUGUGACAUUUUCAGAAGAAUCAAAAAUUCUCUUGCAAGAAUUAUUCAUGAACUACCCACCUGAGGAUGGAGAGCUUGGUGCAAAAGUAUUUGGAAAUUAUAAUGGAAAGGAUAGUAAAAUACAGGGAAAGAAAGAUGAUAUCUUUAGUAUGCCUUCAAUGACCAAAGAGGAUAUAGUGAAGAAGGUGGAAUCACUAAAUUCUAGAAUAGAAAAGGCUGCAAAGUUGAGACAGAUUGUUGAAGCAAGAUCUAAGCUUCCAAUUGCAUCCUUUAGGGAUGUCAUUACUUCCAAUAUAGAGUCUCACCAGGUUGUUCUCAUUUCUGGUGAGACUGGGUGUGGAAAGACUACACAGGUUCCACAAUUUCUAUUGGACCAUAUAUGGGGGAAAGGUGAAGCCUGUAAAAUAGUCUGCACACAACCUCGUCGUAUCUCGGCAACUUCAGUUGCUGAAAGAAUCUCUAGUGAAAGAGGACAAAGUGUUGGAGAUGAUGUUGGGUACAAGAUUCGGCUUGAAAGUAAAGGUGGAAGAAACUCAUCAAUAGUGUUCUGCACAAAUGGGGUUCUGCUGAGGGUGUUGGUUUCCAAGGGUGCUAGUAGGUCAAAAAAGGAAGCUUCCAAUAAAAUGACCAAGGAUGAUGUUUCUAACAUCACUCACAUUAUUGUGGAUGAAAUUCAUGAAAGGGAUCGCUACUCUGAUUUUAUAUUGGCAAUAAUCAGAGACAUCCUUCCUUCACAUCCUCAUCUUCGGCUGAUAUUGAUGAGUGCUACUCUUGAUGCUGCACGAUUUUCCCAAUAUUUUGGUGGCUGCCCAAUUAUUCGUGUUCCUGGGUUCACUUAUCCUGUCAAAACUUUCUACUUGGAGGAUGUACUUUCUAUCAUUAAAUCUCCAGAUGACAAUCAUAUUGAUUCUGCUAUGCCAGGCGUCCCAAAUAAAAGCCCUGAGCUAACAGAGGAAGACAAAGCUGCUUUAGAUGAAGCUAUCAAUUUGGCUUGGACAAAUGAUGAAUUUGAUCCCCUAUUGGAUUUGGUUUCUUCUGAAACGAACCCUAAUGUUUAUAAUUACCUAGAUUCCUUACUUGGAUUGACUCCAUUGAUGGUCUUUGCUGGAAAGGGUAGAGUGGUUGAUGUUUGCAUGCUUCUGUCUUUUGGUGUGAAUUGUCAUUUACAGGACAAGGAUGGGCUAACGGCAAUGGACUGGGCAAAACAAGAAAACCAGCAAGAAACUGCUGAAGUAAUAAAAAGACAUGUUGAAAGUGCCUUGACCGACUCCCUCAAGCAGCAACAACUACUUGAUAAAUAUCUGGAAAAAAUUAACCCUGAACUCAUUGAUGUUGUUCUUAUAGAACAGUUGUUAAGGAAAAUAUGCAUUGAUUCGAAAGAUGGUGCUAUCCUCAUUUUCCUUCCCGGAUGGGAUGGUAUAAAUAAGACUAGGGAGAGGUUACUAGCAAAUCCAUUUUUCAAAGACUCUUCUAAGUUUGUUAUAAUUUCUCUCCAUUCUAUGGUCCCAACCAUGGAGCAAAAGAAAGUUUUCAAGCGCCCACCUCAGGGUUGCCGGAAAAUCAUUCUUUCAACUAAUAUUGCGGAAAGUGCAAUUACCAUUGAUGAUGUUGUCUAUGUCAUAGAUAGUGGUCGAAUGAAAGAAAAAAGUUAUGAUCCUUAUCAGAAUGUAUCAACUCUUCAUUCUAACUGGGUGUCGAAAGCAAGUGCAAGGCAGCGCGAAGGACGUGCAGGCCGCUGUCAGCCUGGGAUAUGCUAUCAUCUUUAUUCAAAACUCCGAGCAGCUUCUUUGCCAGAUUUCCAAGUUCCUGAAAUUAAGAGAAUGCCAAUUGAGGAACUUUGUUUGCAAGUGAAGUUACUUGAUCCCAAUUACAAGAUAGAAGAUUUCUUGCGGAAGACUCUGGACCCUCCAGUUCCAGAGACCAUUCAUAAUGCAAUUACUGUUCUUCAGGAUAUUGGAGCUUUAUCAUUAGACGAACAACUGACAGAACUAGGAGAGAAGCUAGGCUGCCUACCUGUUCAUCCAUUGACAAGCAAGAUGCUUUUCUUUGCAAUAUUGAUGAAUUGCCUUGAUCCAGCUUUGACAUUGGCAUGUGCCUCUGACUAUAGAGAUCCAUUUACCCUUCCUGUGUUGCCAAAUGAAAAGAAGAGAGCUAUUGCAGCUAAAUUUGAGAUUGCUUCACUGUAUGGUGGCUACAGUGAUCAACUAGCAGUUAUAGCAGCCUUUGAGUGUUGGAAAAAUGCUAAAGCAAGGGGUCAAGAACUGCAGUUUUGUUCUCAAUACUUUAUAUCUCCUGGUAUCAUGAAUAUGCUGGAUGGUAUGCGUAAACAGCUUCAGGCAGAACUAAUCCGUAAUGGGUUCAUUGAGGAUGGUGUCUCAUGUUGUAAUCUGAAUGCGCAUGACCAAGGAAUACUCCAUUCUGUCCUUGUUGCUGGUUUGUAUCCUAUGGUAGGGAGAUUCCUUCCGCCCAAAAAUGGGAAACGUUUCCACAUAGAAACUGCAGUUGGUGGUGCUAAAGUCAGGUUGCAUCCUCAUUCUCUUAAUUAUAAUAAAUUAACAUUUAAAAAAGCUGAUGACUGCCCUUUGAUUGUGUAUGAUGAGAUAACUCGAGGGGAUGGGGGCAUGCACAUAAGGAACUGUACUAUUGUUGGGCCACUUCCAUUGUUACUGCUUGCAACAGAGAUUGUAGUUGCUCCCUCAAAGAAUGAAAAUGAGGAAGAUGAUGAUGAUGAUGAUGAUGGAAGUGAUACUGCAGUUGAAGAUGAAAGUGAUGAGGAUUUGAUGGAAGUAGAUGAAAAAUCGGGUGGACACAAUGACAAGAAGAUCAUGUCAUCUCCUGAUAAUUCAGUUACAACAGUUGUUGAUCGGUGGCUUUAUUUCAGAUCAACAGCCCUUGAUGUUGCUCAGAUUUAUUGCUUGAGAGAACGAUUAUCAGCAGCAAUCUUAUUCAAAGUGACCCAUCCAAGGAAAACACUUCCUCCAGCUCUAGAGGCUUCAAUGUAUGCAAUUGCUUCUGUUCUGUCUUAUGAUGGGCUAUCUGGAAUCCCAUUACCUUUGGAAUCUGUAGACUCGUUGACAUCAAUGGUCUAUGCAACUGGAAUUGACAACUCUCCAGGGAGAAGAGAGGCGAUGAACCAGGGCCCAAGUAAUUUCCUUAAAUCACUAAUGAGCCAUGGCGCACGGCAGCCUGCUCCUGGUUAUCAUAUAGCCAAAUUACCUGCAUUCAAGGGGAAGUCAAAUGGAAAUGAAUCAUCAAGCUAUGAUCAAAGACCUCCAUUGCAUGCUCCUACUUCAGUUGGGUACAAUUUGGAUAGCCACGGUUCAAGAUCAAGGUGGGCUAAGCGACAGCGUGCUAAAGCAUCCAAGAAGCAAUAGUAUACGUUCAGAUAAAAUUAUAUGUUGUAUACAAGAAAAUGAAGCUGCCUUUGCUAGAAUAGGUGUAACUGAUCAAAAUCUUUUAGCUUACAUCGAGUCUGGCCUUCUGGAAUUACUUCUUCGAUCUCAUUCGUUAAUUAACAAUACGACGUUGGCUCGAGCUCUAUUAUUUUUAAUAGACUUAGUUUAGGCAAUAGGGAAAUUGUUCAGAAAAAAGAUCAAUUUUGGAAAGAUAUCUUCUAUACGUAUGCAGUGUACACUGCAUAGAAUUAGAAUGGAAAUGGUAGAUGGUUGGACUUGAAAACA